CAAAUCCGUGUAUGACUUUCAAUUGGAAAGAUUUAAAAUACUUAAUAAUUCUGUCCUAGUUUGUUGAGGAGAACGCGUCCUUAUUUCAGCAGGUGGCAGUGUUUCCCUGUAUAUACCAUAUUCUAUCUUCGAAGAAAGCUAGUAGGAAGCAAGCUUGUAUUUUUUCCAUCUUACCGGAGUAGCAUUCAUAAGCUACUGUGGCAACUUAAUACCGGUUUUGGAUUUAAUUGAAACUUCCAAGAAAUGCCUCUGCCAAGAUUAUUGAUGGUGAUCACAGGAGACGAUUUUGGCUACUGCUCCAGAAGGAACCAGGGGAUUGUGGAUUGCUUUUUGGCCGGAGGCAUUUCCAAUGUAUCCCUGCUUGUUAAUGCCUCGGCUGCCAAAGAGGCAGCUGGCCUGGCUGGCAGACACAAAAUCCCCAUUGGCCUCCAUGCCAACCUGUCUGAGGGCACCCCUGUGUAUCAGCACCUCCAGCAGAUUUCCACACUGGUUAACCCUCAAGGCUUCUUCCAUGGAAAGAUGGGUUUUCGCCAGGCCUUGGAGAAAGGCCAGCUCAGCAUGAACCAGGUAGAGCUGGAGCUGAGGGCCCAAGUCAGGCGCUUUAUAGAACUGACAGGUCACCUGCCUCAUCACAUGGACGGACACCAGCAUGUUCAUGUUCUGCCAGAUGUUCGUGAAGUGUUUGCACAGGUCCUCUCUGACGUAAGGAUUCCAUUCACUCGUGUUCCAAUGGAGCCAGGUUUGCACAGCUGUCCGUGGGUUCCAGCACACCUCCACACUUUUUACAUGGAAGUGGAAAAGGAUGCCCUGGACUCAAUCCCUGUCUUCAAACACCAUGGAAUCAGGUGGCCAGACGUGUACUUGGGACUCUCCACCAUGGGUCAGAACAUGUCAGUUUCGAGCCUGCAGAGGGCUCUCAAGCAAGCUUUGGGAACAAGAACUUCUAACACCAUCUCCAGAAGAUCACCUGGCCUUCAUCAACCAGUCGUCACAGCAGAGCUUAUGGUUCAUCCAGGUUACCCAAGUCAUCCUGAUGAAGGUGGCUGUGGGGAGGGCCCAGAUGACUUCUCCCAGUCUGCUGAAAGAGAACAUGAGCUGAAUAUGCUCAGAAGCCCAUCUGUCCUGGAGCUUUACUGCCAGGAGGGAGUCCAACUCUGUGGUUUUAGAGACCUUUGACAACUGUUGUCAUGGAAUAGUACAGUUUUACACUUGUGGAUAAAGUUUAUAUAUGUAGAGUCAUCAGAGAUGUUUAUAAUACUAAUUGAGCCUGAAAGGUUUAAUUACAAGAACUUCAAAUCCUGAACCAUGUGGAACAUUUUGUUUACUAAAAUAGGUCAGGUAACCAGAGGGAAUUUCUUAAAUAAUUUUGUUUGGAUGAAAUCGAAUUACAUUUAAAUAUAUAAAAGAAAGUAUAACUUAGGAAGUUAAACUAGAUGAAUACAGUCUAAAAGGUCAUGUUCUACAAUUAUUUUUAAUGCUUCCUUAUUUAUGAUGACAGCAUUAAAAAGGUAGCUCCCAGCUCGAUGAAACUUUUUUUGUCAUAACUUAUCACAAGUUUAUCACAUACACAUGAUCAAUUGGUGACAUCAACUCACCCAUUUAUCCCCCUAGGAGGAAGUUGCCUUUUUCCUACUAUUUUUUUUUUCUUUUUACUCUAUGAUUAAUGCAGAUUUAAACAUGUACUUAAUGAAAUAGAACAUGUUGGUAAAUCCUUCUCGCUUCAUGAGCUGCUGGCUGGAGCAUGUGGGCGUGGCUUAAUGGCGAAUUCCAAUCUGUUGCCAUUCACAUACAUUUGACUCUAAAUCACACAUGCAUCAUCUGAUUUGGACCAAACUUCAUAUGAUUUACCUUUAACUUCUAAUGAGCCCAGUUGCCUUAAAUUGUAAUUUGACUCCACUGCUCCCUGUAGAUUAUUCCAACAGCUAAACCUCCUUAGUACAUCAACCAAUCUGCAUCAGAUUUUAUGUGCAUCAUCAGUGCUCAACACAUUGAGAGUCAAGAUAUGUGCCUUGACUCACACAUCUCAGAGGUAGUGUAGUCAGUUGGGAGGACAAAAAAAAUGGUCAAACACAGAGUAGUCUAUUUUAUAAAAUAUAUAUUUUUGAAUUUAGUGUAUCCAUCAGUUUCCUUUGUAAACUUAGUGAUUUUCUUACUGAUUUUAAAAUAGAGGUUGAAAACCAUAACACUUUGCAAUAAAAUACAGUCAGUACCACCACCAUGUUCACUUAGUAACAGUAAAAAGAAAGGCAAACAGAAAAAAAAGACACCUGAAGCGAUCAGACAGCAA